GUCUUUAUUCAAGAGCAGAACAGUACAAACAAUUCUUAUUCUGCUGGUUGCAGUUAUGACAAUAUCCUUAGUUGCAAUGGCGUCCGUGUAUAUAGCAUGGUAUGUGCAGCAUGGUCGUGAUACUCCCUCUAUUGACAACAAAUUCAACAACACUGAUAUCAUUAACAGACGUGUAACCAGCCCUGUACCUGGUCCUGGUCUGAUGACCACUAGAUCACCAGAUCUGGUGACUACCAGGUUCCCACUCAUCACCACGAAGUUACCCUCCAGAAGACUAAGCACUAAAUCUGGGUUCUCUGGGACUAGAAUUCCACUGCGGAGAUACCGGCUAGAUGUUCUCCUAGAUCCCCCACCUAUUGGAGUUCCUCAAGGAUGUUCAGAGUUCAAUGCGUGUGAAUCUUUUUGUGAUGAUAGUUGGUAUACAGAGAAUAGAUCUGCUGGCAGUUCUGCUAACCUUACUAGAGAUAUGUAUAAGACUGUCAUUCCAGAGGAACCCGAUAAACCAGUUGUAAGCAUACCUGCUGAAAAAAUUGUGAAUGAUUCCGGUCUUAAUUUGGAACAAGAUUUAAAAAGAAGGCACAGAGAAAACCUGCCUGAUAGUAGAGCAGUCGGCCUCAGUGCAAUCAUUAAUCAUUUAAGUAACUUCAGUAGUGAAAUAGUUCAAGCUCUAAAACCCAUAAGUCGCCAGGGGUUAGACGAUCUUGAAAAUAUUGGAAGUGAAAUUAGUGAGGCUCUAAAAAAAGACCUGGGCCAAGAUGGCCAGGGAUCGUAUAAUGAUUUUAGCCUUAAUGUUCAAGACAUAUUGAGACAGAAUAUCUCUUAUGAUCCACGCAAAGCAGUUGAUAUUAAUACAGACUCUAGAAACCAAGGUUUUGAAGAUACAACUAUUGAUGAAAAUGAUAAAACUGAUGCUCCACUACCAAGUGACGACGGAGAACAAGAUCAGAAAAUCAUAGCAAGUGAUGAUGCUGUGGAUAAUGACAAACAGCAGUCUGAACCACAACAGGCAAUCAAUAAACAAACAACAAUCAUAGAAGAAGAAGAGUGGAUCGAGCAGAAAAAUACGAAAAAUUUUCAUGAAAAUUCUGCAAUACUGACACUGGAGCAAGACGACAUUUUUCCACUGGAUGGUACUGAUUCAAACACCAUUUAUAGGCCCGAGGGUAGUCGAGCUAAUGACGUUAGAUCCAUUGAGGAGGCCAAACUGCAAGAGGGAGAAUUUUCCUCUAAAAAAGAGGAUAUUAUCACAAAGGAGAAAGAUCCAGAAGCAAGUGCAGUUCCUUCUUAUGAAUCAGUUGAGAACAAAAAAGAAAAAGACCAUGAUGAAAUUCCACCAACCUCUGAUCGCCUGAAAAACUAUCAAGAAGUUUACCCAUACAAGGAAGAAAAGCUGUAUUCAGACGGAUCUCUUAAUCAAGAUGAAAUACCAGACAGUUAUGAUGCAGACAAAAGAGAUCUGGGUGCGACAGAAAUUCUUGAAGAUUUAAGUGAAGCCAUAAUUCCUCCAGAAAAGGUUGAUGAAUUGGUAAAAACUGUUGAUUAUGAAAUUUUAAAAACAAAAUCUGAAGAAAAAAUUGAGAACCAAGAAGAAAUGCUUUCCCCUCAAGUUGACAAUACAUAUGAUGAGCUCUACAAGGACAAGUUUGCUAAUGAAAAUCAGGAUGAAAUCAGCAAGAGUGCAGAGGAAAGUUCAAACAAACUUAAAGACCAAAACUCGUUUUACAAGAUUCCUUAUAGUCAAGAAGAUGGAAAUGAAAAUCAGGAUCUGACACAAGAUCAGGAAGAUACCAAAGCUAAUGAUGAUAUAAAUGUCACCAAGUCAAGUAAUUUAACAUCCAAUGACGAACAGGAAGAUUCCUUUGACAAAAGCUCUAAGAAUGAUGAAGUUAAGGGAUCUAUUGAAACUCCAGUAGAGGCAUAUAUAGACUCAGAGAAGAAAUUUAACAAUGUUUUUCCGAACCCAAUUUCAGAAAUUAGUUACACUGAGAAAUAUAACAUUGACGACACUUAUCAAACCCACAAGGACACCGGUAUAAAUCCGGAUGAUGUCAAGGUUUCAGAACAACUUUCAGAAAUCACUUAUAAUGAAAGAAAGACGGAUUUUAAAAAUAUUGUCGAGAACAAUUCAGAACAGAUUGAGAUAAUUUUACUUCCAGAAAAUGAUGCUCAUGAAGUUGUUUAUAAAGACGUUAAUGAGCCAACAAAUUGGGGCAAUCAGGAUGUUAUCAUCACUGAAAAUGAUACAAAAAAAGAUUCUAACAACAUCUUUGGAGAAAAAGAUGAAAAACCUGGAAGUGAUGUGGACAGCCUAAACAUUUCUGAAAACGCUUUUAACUCUUCAAUUUAUGAAAAUAAAACUAUUGAAAUCACAGAUGAUGAAAUUGACACUCAUGCAAGAACAGCAGAAGAAGUGUUGAACUUUGAUGAUCAGCUGGAUGCCAUUCAAAGUCAGAUUUUAAAAGAAGAAUACAAAGAACAAGAUGAAAACUCUGCCCAAGAUCAGACUAUAUUCUCAGAUGAGGAGACUAAAAUUAUUGAUAAAUUUCAGAGCUAUCCAGAAGAAAGCAAUAGUCCUCUUGGCCCAAGUGAGCCUUUGAUUGAACUUGAUAAUACAAAUAUGGAGAAGUACCUGAAUCUUGUUAAUAAGGAAACUGAGAAUCAAAAUGAUACUGCUAAUGUUAUGAAAGAUAAGAUUUUAGAAGAUUCUCUGUUGAGUAAUCAAACCUUUAACACGGCACAUGGGGAACAUCUUGCCCAAGUAGACAAUGUUCAGAUCCUGAAUGAAAUUCAGGUAUCAGAUUUGCCUAAAACAGUAUCAUCAAACUCAGAUUCUACUCCCUUCAAAGAGUUGAUUAACAAGUCAGAAGUCGAUGAAAUCUCAAAUACAGAUAACCUGAAAGAAAUCAUUGAUGAUAACAUUGAACUGAAUUCAAUUCCUAAAGAGAAGGUAAAAGAUAUUGAAAUAGCAUUAAAACAUGAUGGAAUUGGGGAUAUUAUGGAAGACCAAGGAAAAAUAUUAAACAAUGAUCAAACCAACAUUGACGAUGGUGCAUCAAGAGUUGAUAAAACUGAAGAUGAAAUCUAUGAUGAGAUUUGGAAUGAUUUUGAAAAUGAAUCAAAUGAAAUUCCCAAACAUAUUGAGGAUGAAAACCUUACAAAGGGCAAGGUUGAGAUGUUACAAGACCAGGCAAAAGAUAACGAUACCAACCUAGAUAUUGAAGGUAAUGACACCAGGAUUGAAUCCAGUGAUUUAUUUGAUGAUGAAGGUGAUGAGAGUGAAAGUGUUGAUGAACUGUAUGAUGAACUCUGGACUGAAGAUAAAGAAGAGAAGAUAAACAAGAAUCAUAAAGAUGACGAAUUUGAUUUAGCUUGCGAAAAUCAAAAAGACGGACCUGUCUGUAAAGAUGAUCAAUCAAAACUGGAGAAAAUAGAUUUAGGGGAAAAUAUAAUCUUUAAAGGUAAUGGAAAACAUGUUGAGCAUUCAGAGGAAGAUCCUAUUGAAGGAGCUCAUGAUGAAGACCAUGAGGACGGUUAUGACCAACUUUCGAUUGACUACAAGGAUGAACUUCAGGAAGAUGAAGCGGAAAAAUCGGAAUCUCCUGAAAAUUCAAAAGAGAUGCUUAGCUUCAAAGAUGAUCAGAAGUUAAGAAAAGUUAGCGACCUGGAGAAAACAGGAGACCAGAUUUCAGAAAAAGGUCGUCUUCUUGCAGCUUUGAACGGUAUUGGUUUAUCAAACGAAGAACAAGCAGAAAAGUUCCCGGGGAAGUUUGGAACUACAGACAAUGUUCAAGUGAAUCUUCCCAAAGAAGAAGACCUGAAUGAAACUGCUAAAGAGAUCUCUAAUGAUGAUGAAGGAUACUGGGAUGAAGUAUCAACUGAUGAUUACAACUUUAAUGAUACACUUGUCAAGGAAGAUGGUCAAGGGGAAACCAACUCUAGUAAUGUUAAUGUUGAUAUUGAGAAUGAUGAUGAUGAUACUACUGGGAAGAUUGUUAAACGAAGUGCUGGUGGAGUAAACCUCAACUAUGAAUCUGGAGUUUGGACUGAUUUUAACAGUUUGCUCACAUGGUACAGAAGAAAUAAUCUUGAACAGGUUUCGAAAAAGGUUCCAAAUCAUCUUCAGAACAGUGUAGACCAUCAAACUCAUUCAAACCUGGAAUUUGUCGAAGGAAAAAAAUCCUCGUUAAAAGAAGGUUUUUCAAGAGAAAAUGAGGUUUCUGCAAAAAGUGCUUCGUUGGGUCGAAAAAAGCGAGGAGUUAUGAAUGGUCAUGGUUGUGUUCCCUGGAAUGGAGAAUGGGUUAGGAUUAAGGUUGAUACGUCUGUUGGAAGGUUUAAUCUGAGCUCGGAGAACUGUAAGCUCUGUGACGGAACUAAUCUAACAUGUCUUAUCCCUAUAUCCAGGCACCUAGCUGAUGAAAGUGUUGAGGUCCGAAUUGCGUACUCCGGAAGUACACUUGUACAGUGUACUACUAGUCCUGAACAUCUCUGUACAGAUGAAGAUAUUGAUGAAGAUUUAGAUGAUAAUGAAGAUGAAGAUAUUGAAAGGAUUUGUGUAAACUAUAAUCUAAGACGAUUAAGAAAACUAAAUUUGUCCUUUAUUGGUUCAAACCAGCAGAACUUGGACAAUCCGUCUCUCCUCUGCUCAGCAGAAUCUAAUAAAUUAGCAGAAACAAGCAGACAAACAGAUCACAAAGCAGCAGAAAACUUUCAUCAUUUUAAUAUUCAUUUACUGAUCUAUAGGCACUGCAGUAGGAAUACAAACCUAUAAAUACAACCAAUUGUAAAAUACAACAUGUGAAGUAGGUCAUGUACAAUGUUAAUAUUAAUAAGCUGCCGGCAGCUCUUGAGCCUAUUUCUUUGCACUACUGUCCAAUUUACAGAACAGUGUUAUGAAAAAAAA